CGACACCGUUGACACGUUGGAGAGUCCGCCUCCGCCUCCGCCGCGAGGGUGGGUGGCGUCGCUAUACAGCUGUGACAGGAGCUGUGACAGGAGGUGGCAGAGUUAAGGCUUUUAAUAAGCAACCGAAGCAAUGAAGCUUCUAAUCCUGUCCACUUUUGCAGCGGUGCUGGUGUUGAUGUGUGAUGGGAAAACGGUGACUGGAUUUUUCAGCAGCGAUAUGGCGAGACAGAGUGGAGCACAGCAAGUUGCUAAGUUUCUGUUUCAUGUUUCAUUGGAUGAUGUGGAAAACAAUCAAACCCUUGCUCCGUUUACACACCCUGAGGCUUAUUACAUUGUGUAUGCUGAUAAAUACACAUGCUUAGAAAAUGAAGAUAAAAGAGAUAAUGACAGCUUUGGUGCAGAGACCAUUAAGUUUAAACUUGUGUUACUGAACCCAGACGCAGCUAACAAUCCACUAGAUCACUUCAGUGCAGAAGAGUCUGUUCCUACAAAAAUGCAUGUGAUUAAAAUGAAAAAUCACUGUUUUUCCCUUAAAACAGCUACACAUCAUCUACUUUUUUUCAGAUACUCAGUGGAUGGAAUUGGAGUUCCUUUACUGGGAGGUUUGGCUGAAUUAUGUGAUAUGAUCUCGCAAAAUCAGAUGCUGUACAUGCUUCUGAGUCUAUGUAUGGGAUGGAGUCUUGCUAGAAUGGGAAGAACCCAAAGUAGGCUUCUGGAGUGGGACUCAACCCCUAUAUCAACUGCAAUAGCGAUUGUAGCCGUUAUUACUCAGGGUAUUUUAUUGCUUUGGGAACAGUUUGAAGAUAUUGAUCAUCAUAGCUACCAUGCAUUUAAUAGUAUGGCAAGUCUGCUACUCAUGGUUUUACGGGUGUGUCUGGUCUUGCUCCUAACCUCCAGUCUUUACCAGAUCAUUACCAUGGAAAGAAGUGUGCUCAAGAGAAAUUUCUACAUCAGAUUUGCUAAAGGCUGCAUUCUUUGGUUGCUCUGUCAUCCAGUCUUUGUAGCUGCAACAUUAGUUUUUGCAGAAUACCAACGAGAGAAGAUUAUUGUUAUUGCUGUCACUUUCUGUCAGUCUGUCGCCAUGGCCAUCUUGUAUAGACUCUUCCUUUCUCGAAGUCUUUACUGGGAGGUUUCAUCGCUUUCUUCAGUUAUACUACCUCUCACUAUGUCGUCUGGACACAGAUGUCACUACCAAUCCUAGCGUUCCAAGCAUAGCUAAAGAAAGAUUAUCUAUUUAUAAUAUGUAGCAAAACUAUUGUGUUAAGUAACAUUUUAUUGCAAGUUGAUAUAUGCCAAAACAAUCCAGUCUAAGUCAUUUAUAAAUACUAAUUUAUGUCAAAUGCUCUUGAAUCAAUGAAUUCAGAAUAUUGGAACAAAUUCUUAAAGAGCAAACUGCCAUUUAUGUGAUAAAUAGAAUCAUCCAUGUGCUUUGGGGGAAAAAGUGAUUUAAUUGGGUAUGUUUACAUCAUAGUUCAUUUCUGUAAAAUAAUUGGUGAAACACAAAACAUAUAAACUUAAUGUAUGAAUAUUAUUGAUUUAUUUACAUUAUGUAUUUUUGUAAUAUUUACAAUGUAAUUUUAUGUAUUUAACAUGUUAUAUUGUCAAAGCUACGUAUUUAUACCGGAAAUUGUACCAUCUCAUUCCAUAGGAAAACUAAAACACAAAUACACAAAUAAACUAAAUAUUAUCAAAAUCUGUUGUUGAGAUUCAUGGUCCAUAAGUCCUAGAAAAAUGUAAUUUAAAAAAAAAGUUUUAUUCCCUCACCCAAAGUCACUGCUCAAAACCACCACCACUGCAUCAGCAAAAGGACAGUUUAUUCUUUCAAUGGUGCUGUGUGGUCACAUGCUCAUAGGGUGGGGAGUAUUUUCAUAUUUCUGUAAUAUAAAUUAUUUUGUGUUGAAGUCCUCAGUCUUGUGGCCUUGUUGGCAAACGAUCUAAUUUCUCAGUUAUACUAGUGGGUUAUUCAGAAUCAUAACCGACAGGGUAUUUUAAAGGGGAAAAUUAACCAGAAUAAGCUUAAAUUUAAGAUAAACAUUAUUUUUAAUUCUAACAAUAAAAUCGAUCAUUGAUAAUUGAAGUAAAAGAUGAAUUUCCAUAUUAAAACAUGUCAGUGUGUCAUUAAUAUCAGCAGGGUCCCCAGAGUGAAAAAUCAUAAAACACUACCAGCACAGAUUUUCACGGUGUGGCUGAAGGCUCAUAAUCAUGGAUGUAGAUUUGCACAUUGGCACCUGAUGUGUGAACAUGGGCACAGGUUCAAUUUUCACCUUGGGUACACUGAACAUUGAUAUCAUUGUGAUGUUUAAAUAAUUGUGCAGAUUAGACACAGUUGAGAUUUCUAAUUUGGCUGCUUGCUCAGGAUGGAUGAUGAUCCCCAACACUUAGAUGAUCUAUUUUCUAACUGACUAUUUCUUUAAAAAAUUAGUUUGUAAUUAAAAUUUCAUAUCAUGACGCAGACAAAAUCUUCACUCUCUCAAUUGACAUUUUAAGCCAUUCUUUUCUUGCAGUGCAAUGUUUAUGUAUUGUUCCAGGCCUACAUUCUUUAAUAUGCAUGGUCAAUUAAAAGUGGGUUGGGUGUGGAAUUAAAUCCACAACCAGUCAAUAAAGUGUUUACAUGAAGGCACACGUGCAUCUUAUUCUUGUGUUAAAUCACAGAUUGUUCCUUUAUGGGGAAAAAAGGAUGCAUUUGCUGUGUUUCGCACAAGGAAAUGAAGUAUGACACAACUGUACUGUAAUAAUGAUUUUUUAGCAUGCACAGCUUUAUUAUAAAAGUACUUUCCUUUUGCAAAGAACCAUUUCUUUCAACCACUUUUAUCAUAAAGUUGAGGUUGCAUUUUGUGUUACCAUUCAAUUUGCCCUGAUUUGCAAUUCAGGGCAGGUUCUACAUUGUCUUAUUCUUCAUAUUUAAGAAAUCUGUUAAUUAAAUAUGUGUACAUUUCAAUUGUAAUUCCAGUCAUUGUUAAUAUUUAAGAAGAUGAAUAAAGGCUUGUGCAUCAGUUAUCUG